CCGCCCGCCCGUCCGGCCAGGCAUGAACGCGGAGACCUGCGUCUCCUACUGCGAGUCUCCGGCCGCUGCCAUGGACGCCUACUACAGCCCGGUGUCGCAGAGCCGGGAGGGCUCGUCGCCUUUUAGGGGCUUCCCCGGAGGCGGCGACAAGUUCGGCACAACGUUCCUCUCGGCCGCCGCCAAGGGCCAGGGAUUCGGGGACGCCAAGAGCCGGGCCCGCUACGCCGGAGGUGGCGGCGGUGGCGGCGGCGGCGCGGGGCAGCAGGAGCUGGCGACGCCCCUGGAGAGCGGCGCGGGGGCGCGCGGCUCCUUCGCCAAGUUCCAGCCGCAGCCGCCCAGCGCGCAGCCCCCGCCGGCCGCGCAGCCCCCGCAUCUGUACCUGCCGCGCGGCGCCUGCAAGACGCCCCCGGACGGCGGCCUCAAGAUCCAGGAAGGCGGCGGCGGCGGCGGCGGCCCGGCCCUGCAGGUCUCCUGCUACGCCAAAGAGAGCUCCCUGGGAGAGCCGGAGUUGCCCCCCGACUCCGACGCCGUGGGGAUGGACAGCAGCUACCUCAGUGUGAAGGAGGCUGGGGUGAAGGGGCCCCAGGACCGGGCCAGCGCUGACCUCCCCAGCCCCCUGGAGAAGGCCGACUCCGAGAGCAACAAGGGCAAGAAGCGGCGGAACCGAACCACCUUCACCAGCUACCAGCUGGAGGAGCUCGAGAAGGUCUUCCAGAAGACGCACUACCCGGACGUGUACGCGCGGGAGCAGCUGGCCAUGAGGACGGACCUCACCGAGGCCCGCGUGCAGGUCUGGUUCCAGAACCGCAGGGCCAAGUGGAGGAAGAGGGAGCGCUUCGGGCAGAUGCAGCAGGUUCGGACCCACUUUUCCACCGCCUACGAGCUGCCGCUGCUCACCCGGGCUGAGAAUUACGCCCAGAUUCAGAACCCGACCUGGAUUGGCAACAACGGGGCCGCCUCGCCGGUGCCCGCCUGUGUGGUCCCCUGCGACCCGGUGCCCGCCUGCAUGUCCCCUCACGCGCAUCCCCCAGGUUCAGGAGCCAGCAGCGUCACCGACUUCCUGAGUGUGUCUGGGCCCGGUGGCCACGUGGGCCAGACGCACGUGGGCAGCCUGUUCGGGGCGGCGGGCCUCAGCCCCGGCCUCAAUGGCUACGAGCUGAAUGGGGAGCCGGACCGCAAGACCUCGAGCAUCGCAGCACUGCGCAUGAAGGCCAAGGAGCACAGCGCAGCCAUCUCCUGGGCCACAUGACAGGGCCCCUGCUGCCCGUCCCUGUGCCCGCCAUGCCUGCGCUUCCCAGGACCCCAGCUCCCCACUCGACUUCCUCUUAGGAACCUGGCCUGGCCCAGGGGCCUGACCCUCAGCACUUUCAGCCACCCCAAGUCUGAAGCCCUGGGGACUGCAGGAGGGAGGAGCACAGACCCUGUGUGGCUCCCUGGCACCGAGGCAGCGACUUGUGCUCCAGGCACUGGCAGUGAGACAGCAAGGUGCCCAAUCCUGCAGCUUCGUGCCCACCAUGAGCUGAAGCCCUCUGUCCCCUCCUGCUCCUCUGCCCACUGCUUUGACCUUGUGUCAAAGUUAGCAGUGACAGUCAGUCCGGUCCGCCUGUCCCUCUUCUGUGGAAUCCGCUGGUCUCCGGGCUAAUGGCUGUGUGUCUGAGACCUGGCUCCUGUUCCCGUUUCCUGAAAGCACACGAAUCUUGCUUCCUGGAACCAAGGCACCCAACUGGGACCCACGACUCCAGCAUGGCUGCCCCUGCACUGGACAUGUGUGGCGGCCCAGGCAGGAGUGGGAGUCUGGGACCUGCUGCCAUCCUGGAAGGUGGCCAGACACUGGCGUCCUGAGAUUGGUUCUGGCGGACACUGCAUGGAGGAGCCAGGACCCCUGCGGCCACCAUGUGCUGGAGGAGGAGCUCCGGGAGAGUGAUGGCAUCGCACAGCCGCACCGGGAGGUCUGGGUGGCUCUGUCUUCCAUCUGCUUGGUGCUUAUGUCUCCCCAGGGCCCUGCAGGAGGAUCUGGGGUACCUGUGUCUCUCUUGCCUCCCCAACCCACCACUCUUGGAGUGAAAGGACUUACAACUCGGAAUACAUAAGCUAGGGCUAGGGGGGUCAAGAGCGGUGUCCCCAGGCUCUGCCAGGGCACUCAGGGCCAUACUCAGGCUCAAGGCAGGGCGGCUGUUCCAGCCUAGGCCUGUCCGCCCCAUCCACCACCUCUGGCACAGUGUCAGACCCAGCGGGUGGGGAUUCUGUGUUCCUGCAGCCUAGGGGACAGAGCUGUGCCCUGUUACAGAGCUUCUUCUACGAGCUCUCAGAGAGCCACCUCCUGCUGCUUCCUGGGGAACAGUUCUGUCCCGCUCUUUGCCUCCUGAAGCUAGGCUUAUGGCCUGCAGAAACAGGGCUCCUGGUCCUGCCUUCCCCCAGCGAGAGUCAGAUCCUCUGGGGGACGCUAGCUCUCGAGUUGAUCUUAAGAGAAAGCAGUCUUGGACAGUGGAUUAAAUGUUCCCCAAAGUGUGUCUUUCAGAUGUUUGAGGAUCGUGGAGUGACUCUUAGGGAUCCUCCUCUGGUUCUGGGGUGGAAGGAGAGGCCGGCCCAGGUCCUUCUCAAAGGCCUCAUGGUGAGGGAGGAACUUGCUUACAGUGCAGAGAGCUAGGACAGGGCCAGGAGAGGAAGGUGAAGGAGGGCUUUGUGUGGAAUCUUCUAGAAGGGACCUCCUUAGAGACACUUCGUUCCUUUGUGAGUCUGUGCCCAGGCCAGACCCCCGUCAGGCAAAUGUCAACCCGGAUUUGGGGAAGAAAGAGCCUCCAGUGAGGGAAGGCUGGGUGAGCAUGGCUGCCUCUUCCCUGAUGGGGCCAAGAUGGGUUCAGGACUGUGUGCUGGUGUCAGAUGCCUCUUUUUUCUCCCUAGAGGUAGCUACUCACCCCCAGCCUGCCUGCCCCUCAGGACAGAGGGUCACCGAGUUGGAAGAGAUCUCAUAUGCCCCCUCGAUAACCAGUCCCUUCACCCGGAGCAGAGUGACCCAGGCCCUCAAGGUGGCUGGUGCUGGCCAGAGAGGACAUGGAGGGGAUCCUGGUUCUUUCCAGCAGGGACAGCUGCAGCAGUCCCAAGGGUGGCCAGCUGGCAUCCUCAGAGGCUGAGGCCCCUGGAGGUGGCAUGAAGACUCCCUGUGGCGUGGCGCCCGCUCAGCCAGUAUGUGGCAGGGCUGAGGGUUGCCUUUGCUGUUUUCUGAGGUCUCCACAGAGGAGGCAGCUUGGCCAUAAAGUGGUUGUAACCGGCCAUGGAGUGGGCACCGUCCCCAGGUCUGGGAGCCCAGAGUCUCUGGAGGGCCACAUGCCCAGAUCUCUGCCACCUCCAGAAGUCCCUUCUGUCCAGGCCCAGCGUGUGAGGGCCAUCAAACCAUCCCUGAUUUCUUGUAACUAUACUUGAUGCCCACCUGGAGGGCAGGUUAGAGUCGCUGUGACGGGCAGGACACAGCACGAGUGAGGGGUCCCCAGCACACACCGCUGUGACCACACCAUAUCCAUUUCUUCUUUUUUGCUGGGAGAUCAAGAACAUUUCCAUGACCAUACUGCACACCCUGUGUCUCCAGUCAUCCACUCUGUGGGCUACAGUGGGGACAUGGGGCUGCUGGCAUGCUGGAUGAUCCUGCCUGUCGAGGGCAAAGGCAGACAGGCCUGGCCGGGAGAGGGCAGGACUCGCCCCCUAGGAUAACAAUCCACAGUCACACAAUCGACAAGUGAGACAGUGACAAACUCCAUUUCCCAGGGUCACACCAACCCCAGUCAUUUCUUUCAGGAUGCCCAAGGGAAGGAGAGUGUUCCUGUCGGGUGGUAUCGGUGGCAUUGAACGAGAUGCUUGCCCUCCUUUGUCGCCCUUCCCUGUCAUGUAGAGUAGGCCUUUAUACUACUGAUUUUGAGGACAGUUUCAGUGUCGAGUAACCCGUGUUGGUGUGCAGUGGUUAACACAGCCGAGUGCGAGGAGGAACGUGGACCUCAGCCAAUACUAACUGUCUCAGUGUAAGAUAGUUUAACCCUGUAUAAAUGCAACUUUUCCUUUAGCUUAACGGCCUGGGGUGGAAUAUUAAAAAAAAUCUAUUAAAAAUACAUUAAAAAUUCAGAAAAAAA